AUGUUGAUGUUAGGUCAUUUGUCCUUUCUUUUGGUAUCAACAAAUGCUUCGACAAUACCGGAAAUUAUUUCGUAUGCUAAAGUAUCACGAAAUGGAGCAUCUAGUGAUGAAAGCAGGGAAGGAAGAAAUUUUCAAGCUUCACCAGUGUACUCGAAAAUAGCUUCAAUUGGAAAAGGGGAAGUGGUUGAAUACCCUUUAGUACCCAAGUAUUCAACAUUGGAUAAAGAAAUGGUGGCGAAAUUGGAUGCCAAAACGAUGGACACACAACAGGCUCAAGACAGGUUUCAUCCACCAGCAAGUUUUGAGCAUGCUAUUGCACACUCGAAUAAACUUCGACUGAGUCAAAACCCUGCAUCUUCAGGGUCAUCAGGCUCUCCAUCUUUAGGUUCAUCAUCCUCAUCUAUAGCUUCCGGUAGUUACAGCACACUGCCUAAGGAGCUUUAUAGCCAAUAUCCAGGAUUUCAGGAAGCAUCGAGUCCACCCAAAAACGCCAAUAAAAACUUACCAUCUAUUACGAUUGAUGACUAUUCACCUGUUGGUGAAGAUUCUUUUUCACAGAUUCCAGCUUCUUAUGGGCCUGAAGAUUCUUAUCAAAAUGACGAGAAAUUACCAAGUUUCAUAAAAAAUAAUCCAGCGAAACCUGGGGAUCAGUUUUCAGAAUUAUCUUAUCAUCAUUCUAGUUAUUUUGAUGAUCCUUAUUUACAUAAUCAUGAUCACGAUUCUGAUCACAUUUACCCUCACGAAUUGAUCUACGAUCAUCCACCAGAUCAUUAUGACCACGAUUACACGACAACUACUCAGAUACCAGAAAUGAAUGAUCAAAGGCUUAACAAGCGACCUUAUUCCUACUACUACAUUGGCAAAAAAUUGUGGUAUCUACCACUGUAUUUUAGCAUCUAUUUUAUUAUCUAUAUUGCAGCUUUGAUUUUAAAAAGUAUUGCAAGACAUAAAAUAAAUUUCCCAGCUAACUUAGCAGAAGCAGCUGCUAGUGAUCGGAGUAGACAUUUAAAUGAUAGAGGAUGGUGGGAUUUAACUCAAAGAGUGCUUGAAGCAAUUGAAAAAUUUGCUGUUGAAAAUGGUAAACAGUCAUCCAAUUCAAGAAGAAAACGAUAG